AUGUUUGUCUUGGGUCAGACCCGGAGGAGGAGUGCGGCUGGUGCGGGGGGCGGCGCUGGUGGGGGGAGGAGCGGCAUCUUCAACUCCAUACCUGUCACCGACCAGGGAGGAGUGUGGAGACACGCGAUACAUCUGACACAGGAGACGAGGACCACCAUCACACAGGGGAACUUCGAAAUAACACAGCUGAUCGGAUGGGAUGAGAAACGAAGACUGCUGUCUUCGGCCCCAGGGUCCCAGCUGGUGACAGAGCAGUGGGCGCCUCGUUGGGGCUGGUACCUCGCCGCCGCAAGGAACUUCAUAGUCGCUGAAAUAGACGCAAGAGGAUCCGGCGGACAGGUGUAUCCUGAUGAGGGUCACUCCUUCGAGCGCUCGUUCCUGCACGUGUACUCCUCCAUGGAGCAGUUCUUCGACGAGUGUUUCGGUCCCGUGGAGCUCGCGGACUGGGACAACCCCGGGGGACUGUUCCCAUUCAGGGAUUGA